ACUUUCUCCUCAUCACCUUUGUUUUACUAGUGACUUGAGAUUUGAGAAUCACUGCAACUCUGCCUCUUUCUUCUUCAAAGUCCAGAAACUCUUUCACAGUCUCUCUUGUUAUCUCACAGCUUUCAAUGGCGAUCAUUGAAGAAGCCACUGCUUCUUCUCCUUCUUUCAGCCGUCCAUGGAAAUACCAUGUCUUUUUGAGUUUUAGAGGUGAAGAUACCCGCAACAAUUUCACAGGCCAUCUGUGCAGAGCUUUGCGUCAGAAGGGAAUCAACACCUUCAUGGAUGAUGAGCUCAGAAGAGGAGAAGAUAUAUCAACAGCGCUUCUCCAAGCAAUUGAAGAGUCGAAGAUUUCAAUCAUUGUGUUCUCUAAAGACUAUGCAUCCUCCAAGUGGUGCUUGGAUGAACUUGUGAAGAUCCUCGACUGCAAGAAAUCAUAUGAACAAAUGGUUCGGCCAGUUUUCUACAAAGUCGAUCCAUCAGAUAUACGAAAUUAUAGAGCUAGCUUUGGGGAGGCACUUGCUAAUCAUGAAUGCAAAUUCAAAGAUAACAUGGAGAAGGUCCAGAUAUGGAAGGCAGCUCUUAAAGAAGCGGCAAAUUUGUCAGGGUGGCCUCUCUUGGAUGAGCAUUGCUCAGAAUCCAGUGUUAUUCAUGAAAUUGUUGAAGAGAUUUCAGUGCAAGUUAUAAACAGCACAUAUUUGGACGUGGCCAAGUACCCAGUAGGAAUAAAACCUCGGGUGCAAGAGAUCCAUAAGCUUUUAGGUGUUGAGGGAAGAGAUGUUCAUAUGGUAGGGAUAUGGGGGGCUGCUGGAAUAGGUAAGACAACAAUUGCCAGAGCUGUCUAUAACUCAAUUGCUCAUAAAUUUGAUGGGAGUUGUUUUUUAGAAAAUGUUAGAGAAAAUUCAAUGGGUGCUAGAGGCUUUGUCAAACUUCAAAAGAAACUUCUUUGUGAGAUUCUAAAGACAAAAUUGAAGGUGGCCAAUGUAGCUAGAGGAAUCACUAUGAUCAAGGAAAUGUUGCAAUACAAAAGUGUUCUCCUAGUGCUUGAUGACGUGAAUGAUAUUGAUCAGUUAAACAACUUAGCUGGUGAAUGUAGUUGGUUUGAUAUGGGAAGUAGAAUCAUCAUAACAACAAGGGAUAAGCAAUUGCUGACCAGUCAUAGUAUUAAUUUAAUAUACGAGGUCCAAGAAUUGGAGCAUCAUGAAGCUCUCGAGCUUUUUAGUCGGAUUGUAUUUAAAAACGGACCUUUGGAUGGUUUUGCGGUACUCACAGAACAUGCAAUAUGCUAUGCUCAAGGUCUUCCAUUAGCUUUGACUAUUUUAGGUUCUUCUCUAUGCAAUAAAAAUGUAGAGCUAUGGGAAGCUGCAUUACAGGGUUUCAAAAGCCCAAAAAUUAGAGAAGUUCUCCAAAUAAGUUAUGAUGGAUUGGAUGACACUGUGAAGGAAACUUUUCUUGACAUUGCAUGUUUCUUCAAAGGUGAAUCUACAAACCAUGUGAUACAAACACUAGAAGCUUAUCGCGGCAAACCUGCUAAGUAUAGUAUUAACGUGCUCAUAGACAAGGCCCUCAUCAAUACAUCCGGAGGUUGCAUUUGGAUGCAUGACUUGCUAGAAGAAAUGGGUAGAGAUAUAGUCUAUCAACAGUCGCCGGAUAACCCUGGAAAACGUAGCAGGUUGUGGUUUCAUGAAGAUGUUUACCAUGUUCUAACGGAGAAUAUUGGAACAACCAAGAUUAUAGGCAUCAAGGUGCAGCUGCCUGAAGAUUCACAUGUGCUAUGCUUUAGUGGUAUCACUUUCGUCAACAUGCAAAAUCUUAGACUUUUCAUAUACCGUGCUGGACGCUAUUCUGGAGUUGUUGAUAAUCUGCCUCAUUCCUUGAGGGUAGUUGAUUGGCCUAACUGUCACUUGCAAUUUCUACCAUCCAAUUUAAUUCCAAGAGAACUUGCUCUAAUCAAUAUGCCUGGUAGUCGCAUCACAGUUUUCAGGGGUGGAAACAAGCAUCUAAUAAAUCUGACAUCAAUAAAUCUAAGAGAUUGUCAAAACCUAACAAAAGUCUCAGACUUGUCGGGAGUCCCAAACUUAGAACAGUUGGAUCUAUUUAACUGUAAAAAUUUAGCAGAAGUGCAUUCUUCUGUUGGAUUCCUAGAUAAACUUAUUCUUUUGAGACUUUCAGGAUGCUCCAGGCUGGAGACUUUUCAAACGGAAGUUAGUUGGAAAUCGAUGAGGUAUCUUCUGCUUCCCAAUUGUGAAAGGCUUGAGAAAUUCAUAAAUGUUGUGCACAAGAUGGAGUCCAUUAAAGAAUUGAUAUUAAGUGGAAUUGGCAUAAAAGAACUGCACUCAUGGAUUGGAUGUUGCACUUCCUUGGAAGUUUUGGCUUUGCGUGGAACUCCAAUCAAACAACUGCCUUCAACAAUUGAACAUCUUACUUCUUUAAGAGAAUUGAACCUGUCUGGAACUGCCCUUAAAGAAGUGCCUUCGUCGAUUGGAUGUCUCACUUCCUUGGUGGAAUUGGACGCGUCUGACACUCUCAUUGAAAAAUUGCCUUCAUCAAUUGGGAAUCUCACUUCAUUGAAGAAAUUGGAUGCGUCUGAAACUCGCGUCGAAGAAUUGCCUUCAUCAAUUGGGUAUCUCACUUCUUUAAGAGAAUUGAAGCUGUAUAAAGCUCCCAUUAAACGAUUGCCAUCAUCAAUUGGGUAUCUAACUUCCUUGGAGAGAUUGGACGCGUCUGAAACUCUCAUUGAAGAAUUGCCUUUGUCAAUUGGAAAUCUCAAUUGCCUUGAACAUUUAGCACUACAAGGAUGUGCAAACCUUACAAAUGUGCCGAACAGUGUUUACGGAGGACUGCAACAUCUACAAUCUCUAGACCUCUCUUGGUGCCCAAAACUGGUGACAUUUCCAAGUAGGGUGAGCGGUGUGGUUUCAUCCAGUGCAGAAUCUCUUCCUUUGAUGCUUCCAACUAAUUCAAACAAUCGGCAUGAUGAUCCUGGUUCAUUAUUGUUUCCCCAGCUACGGUAUCUUAAUUUUGAAGGAUGCAAAUUAUCAGUCUCUGAUUUUUUAACGAAUCUUGAUUGUGAGUCCACAUUACAGACGCUUAAUCUAUUAGGAACCAGUUUUGAUAGUCUCCCAGCAUGCAUCAGCAAAUUUCGCGAAUUGGAAUAUCUUAAUUUGGAUGGUUGCAAGAGGCUUCGAGACAUUUCAGAACUUCCACCAAAUAUAGAAGAUAUAAACCUGGAUGAUUGCGUAUCGUUGGAAAGAUUUUCAAAAUUGUCAAAUAUACUGGAACAGAGAGACACUCCGGGACAUCUUCAAUUCAUGCAAUUGUCUAAUUGCAAUAGACUGGUAGAUAAUCUUGGCAUGGACAUGGUGUCGAAGAUGGCAAAAACAUUACCGUAUCAGCUGGUGCAUGCCGGCUUAGAUCGGCAUGUGAAGUGCUGGAAGUUUAUGCUUCCAAGCCUCCCGGAAAUUGAAGUUCCAAAGUGGUUUGAUAGGGGUGAGGUGGACACAAGUGUGCUUCAUUGUCAUGGAACUUUUGAUAUAUGUGAAAUUUUGAUAAAAAUCCCUAGGAAUCUGAAGGUUCAGAGAAUAGGAUUGGUUGUCUGUGUAGUUUUUGAAAUUACCCAAGAUUUUUACGGUGGUUCUUCUGGUUGUCAUGUAACGGUUGUGAUCGAUAAAAAAGAGUAUCAUGACAAUACUUGCCACUAUUUUGAAUCAAAAGCGACAGAGUCAUCAGCUCAUGAUCAUGUAUAUGUGUGUCUGACAUGUAUUGCUUUCAAGGAGCUAGAGGUGGUGGAUCAUGUGGUUCGAGUGAUUUUUCACGCGAUUCCCUCAGGUGGCAAAGGGUUGCUCCUAAAAAGUUUAGGGGUCCACCUGGCUAAUAUGAAAGAGGAUCAUGCGAGUGGUGAAGACUCGGCAAGAGAAAGAUAUAGGCAGAGCAUUUCUGAUCAGGUCGCUUCGGAUGCAGAAGGGGCAGCUGUAGCAUCAUUAGUAUCAAAUGACAGCAAUUCCGGGGAAGUAGACGAUGAUCAUCAUGAUGGGGAACAAGAACGAGAACAGGAACCUCAUCUUCCAAUAAAAAGAUUUGAAGACUUGGCAAGACAAACAAAUAUAGGCAGAGCAGCAAUGUUAGUAUUUUUGAGGUGCUUUGGAAUUACCUGCUUGUGAUUUUGGUGACGCACAAGGUGCAGCUUGCUCUAGAAUCAUCAACCAAAUGCCAAUCGAGGCCUUGAAGUACACUAUGAUCAUUAAUAGUUGGAUUCCAGAAGAAGUCUUUCUUUUGCCCAAAUUGAUAUACAAGGAUGACGGUUGAUGGUGAGAGGCAGAGGCACCAACUAGUCUGGACUAUGUGAUUGUCAACUCUGGAUCAAUCCACACGAACAAGGCUGGGUUUGUUCUUCAAUUUCAAUUUGUGUUUGCUCAUUGGUUGUAUGGUUUUUUUAUUUUUUAUUUUAUUUUUAACUAUAGGAUUUUAAUUUUCCUUUGUGCUGGGUUUCUAUGCCCCUCUGUUU